AUGCAAGCCGCGGUUUUGCGAGCGAAGAGCGAUCCUAGCGAAGCGAAUCUCACGGAAGUUCUCAAUCGAGGAUUCGGUCACGAACAGUUUCGUCCUGGACAACUCGAAAUCGUUCAACGCGUGUUGCGCGGAGAAAACACGUUGGCGCUUUUGCCUACGGGUGCGGGGAAGAGUCUUACGUACCAGCUUCCCGCGUUACUGUUGCCCGGGCUCACCAUCGUCAUCUCGCCUUUGCUCGCGCUCAUGGCGGAUCAAAUGGAUUCUUUACCUCCGUCGCUUCCCGGCGGAGCUUUGCGAAGCGACAUGGAUCGGAGGGACAUGUGGGAGACGCUCACUCGCUUGCGCGCGGGAGAACUUAAAGUGCUAUUCGUAUCUCCCGAAAGACUGCUGAAUGAACACUUCGUGAAUGAUUUGCAGAACGUACCCGGCGGCGUUUCACUGGCGUGUAUCGAUGAAGCGCAUUGCGUGAGCGAAUGGUCGCACAACUUUCGACCGGCAUAUCAUCGAUUGGGCCGCAUCUUGAACGAUCGAGUUCAAGCGCAGACCACGCUCGCGCUCACCGCGACGGCGACGAAGAAAACCGAAGUGUCAUUGAUCAAGCAGUUGGGUAUCCCCAGCGAAGGCGUCAUGCGAAAUGUUCGAGUGAGAGACAAUUUAAUUUUGUCCGUCAUGCGCGUGCCCGACGUGGCGCGCGAAAGGACUCUGUGUCACAUGUUGAAGCACGAUGAAUUGUUGCAAGAGGGGAGCAUCAUCGUUUACACCGCGACACAGCGGGACUCCGAGCGCGUGGCGAGUUAUCUAUACAACGAAGGCAUCAAGGCGAAAGCGUACCACGCAGGUCAAGAGCCUGCGCAGCGGAGACAGACGCAAGCUGAAUUCAUGAUGAGCAGAGUACGCGUCGUCGUCGCCACAAUCGCGUUCGGCAUGGGUUUAGACAAAUCCGACGUACGCGCGGUGAUAAAUUUCUCCCUGCCGCGAUCUCCCGAGGCAUACAUCCAACAAGCGGGGCGCGCGGGACGCGACGGAGCUCCCGCGGCGUGCGUCACUUUUCUCGAUCCAAAGGAUUAUUUACGCUCGAGAUCGCUGACAUUUAGCGACGGAGUGGACCGACCUUCCAUCACGAGACUUUUGCAAUCUGUCUUCGAAUCCGGCCCCGUGAUGAAAAAAGCUAAAGACGAAGCGGAGUGGACACCGUGCGUGGGUGCGUUAUCCGCGAGUGAGAUGGAAAUCAAGCUCGACAUGCGCAUAGAAGCUAUCGAGACUGUGCUUUCGUGUUUGGAUCUAUGGGGUGAAGGUCUUAUUCGGAUCUUGCCGGAUAUUCGUUCGACGUGCGAGGCACAAUUUUACGGGCGUUCGCCGGCAGAAAUCGGCAAAGACUGCCCUCUCGCUGCAGCCAUAGUGAAGCUCGUGCCAAAGCCGAAAGCGUCGAUGUACAAAUUCAAGAUUGUUGACGCGUGCAUGCACAUGCAAACCGGUUUCGAAGAUGUCGCAUCGCAGCUGAAGGCCAUGUCGAAGAAUGAUAACGUGACGUACACGCUCUCCGAUCGAGCAGUUGGUUUUGAAAUCGUCCGCGCGCCACCAAAGGAUAUCAUUCCUCUCGCGAAGGCACUCGCAGACCAUUGCUCGGAGAUUGAAGCGUGCUCGGUCGGGAAAUUAGACGCACUGUACAACGCCAUGGAUGAAGCCGCUAACGCGGAGGACGAAGAAGCCCAAGGCGAGCACCUGCGCCAGUGUUUAGCAGAGUACCUGAACGAAGAUUCCGACAUGCUCCCGUCGCCGCCCGAGUGCGUCAAGCAAGAGUCGCAGCUCUUGGCGCCCGACAUUAAAACUCUCCUCGCGCACAGAAGCGGUGGCAAGGUUGGCGGAGCGGGGAUGAUGACCGCGCGCGCCAUUGCGCGUGUUCUGCACAAGCUCCAUUCUCCGGCUUACCCGAGCAAGGAGUGGUCGCGACAUCACACCUGGGGCCGACACGCUGAGGUUGACUUUAAAGUCAUCCUCUCUCGCGCUGAGGAGGCAAUCGCGAAGGCGCGCGGGAUCGAUACAGGCGCUCUCAAGUAA